AUUUACAUGAUUGAGAUAUAUUCAUUUGUUAGUGUAAUUCAGUUUUUGGCCCCCUCUUGCCCAUUCAUUGUACUGUGUUAAGUGUGUUAGUAUAAAGGCAGGAAGUUCGUUCUUCGGGGGAAGGAGUCCUUGCUAGACGCGGGAGCGGUAUAGUUUUUUGACCAUACAGACAGACAGGUCAUAUUAUGUAUUUGCCAUAUUAAGUCAUCUCUGCUUUAAGUUGAUUGGAGAAUAAUUUUUUGUUAGAUAUAAGAAGAAUAAACAUUUUUGUUGCACCAUAUCCCUGGAUCUCAUUGAAUGUUUGGCCGUUUGGAAACCUUGUGUAGGGACUGUAUGCGUACGAAACAACCCCGCUUCAGGCUUGGGCAAUGGCUAUGGUAAAGAGGAAAGGAAGCCACUACAUUCAAGUCAAAAAACUCCGUGAAGGAUUACUACCGGAAGGAAAUCUCCGGUUCGGACACACGCUGGAUUUUGUUCUAUUUGUAAUUGCAUUCGGACCAUAAGGACAGCUCGCUUGGAAGGAUUUGAACUCCUAGAUUUCGCCAGCCGGAUAUUUCCAGAGGCAGAGAAAGACCCAGGGAUCCAGAUGGCCUCCAUGGUGCAGCGACAGGGAGAGAAGGAACUCUUCAUCCGCACCUUCUUCACCCUCCAGUCCUGCUCCAGCAUCGUGGGCUCCCAGGUCCUGUGCUUUACUAAAGAGAGCCAGUUACUACAGAGCUGGGCUGAGUUCGUCAGGACAGUGGAUGCAGACAUCAUCUGGGUACAACAUCCAGACACUUCCCUUCCCUACCUGCUGAACAGAGCAGCUCUCGUCAAGUCUUGACCUCUUUCUUGUGCAAUUCCCCACUUGAAAAGGACAGUCCCUCCACAUGAAGAUUUAACUGGAUUUCACUCAAAAACAAGCCAUGGAAUCAG